AACGAGUUUUCUUUAGAAUGAUCGUACGGCGAAAGCGAUAGUGUGACUUAUUUUCUCUCUGUUAUUUCAGCCAAUAGGAAUUCAGUAAUGAGUUUUGACCAGUUUUUUGCCAAGGUAAGGACACACAUACAUAGUUGCAUACAUACAAAUAUAAAUAAACUAAUUAACGUUAUUUUAGUCUUCUUAAUAGGAAAACCGUUCGUGCGUAACCCCUCACACAGUCCACAACUUCCCCUUUUAUUAUUUUAGGGAAGAAAAUCCUCGUUGCAAUCAGUAAAUGUAACGGAAUUAAAGUUAGUAAUUAACUAUUACUAGGGUUAGCCUAUAUUAAUUGUAGAAAAAAAAUAAUGACAACAGUUUACAGUUUAUAGAUUGUGGGCGUUGACCGAAUGCUUUAAAAGAUAGUAAGUAGAUUGAUUUAGAUGGAUAGAGGAAAAAGUGAGUUAGUGAGUGAAGAUAAUAGAGAAAGAAAUUAAAUAAAUACAAACUUGCAAAAUGUCUUUCUUUUUUCAAUCGUAUAACAAAAAAAAAAAAACGAAAUAGAUUCAUAUUUAGAAAAAAAAACAAUUUGCUAAUCAGAAGGUAGUCAUAUAUAUAUAUAUAUAUAUAUAUAUAUAUACUAUCGGAUAUAUGUAAGUGUGCAUUAACAUGUUGUAACAGCAGAGAAAGCAAAUAAAUAACAUUGAACACCGGAUAGAUUCCGUCAUUGAAUGUAGUUCGACUGAUCACCUCCAAGACGAAAUAAGCAUAUUUUCCACAUAAUAGUAAAAAGGCAUUUACGAAACAAGAGAAAUUAUAAUCAGUAUCUGGCAGAAAAUGUUGAAUGCUUUAGAAAAUAAUACAUUACACAGUUAUUCUUACAAAAAUCCUAAUCUUUUCUCCACAACAAAUGACGUUGCAAAUCUCUUCACAAUGCUCAUUGCACAACAACAGCCAAAACAUAUUAAUAGAGAACUACCAUUAAAAAGCCGAUAUCAAUCUGUUUUCGUGGAAAAUUCUUUGGUUUAUAACUUCUUAAAUAGAACAGAAUCACCGUCAGCUAUAUCAACAGUAGCGACAACGACUACCCCUGCUACUAAACAAUACAAAUAUCAAGAACUGUGGCCAAUUUCUUCUAAACAGUCAAAAUAUCAACUUAAAUUUGGAAUCGAUACUAUACUUGGCAGUGUGGAUACAAAUGAACACUUAUUGAAGAAAUCCUCCGAAGUAACAAAUGAUUUGAAAAAGUUAUUUGAAGUGAAAACAGAUCAGUUAUCAGUAAAAAGUACAACUUGUAUAGUGACAGCAAAUGAGCCAGAAUCUAAUUGUGUAAAUAUAUAUUCUAAUGAAGAGAAAAGUGUUUUAAAUAAAGACGGAUCUUUGACAAAUGUGAAUUUACCUUCAUCUGAAAUGAUGAAAACAUUGUCUAUGACUUUUUUAACACAUCAAUCUCCGACCAUCCUCUCCUCUUAUGAUCAUCAACAACAUAAUUGUUCUUCAGCAACUUCAUCCAUACAACCAUCAAUACCACUGCAAUCUUCUUUGUUUCUUUCCUAUGGUUCAAUUCCUUUGGUCAAUAAAAUUGAAAAAUCAUCUGUUUCAUCUGGUUCUUCAUCAUCUUCUUAUUUAUCACCAACACUACAAAAAGAACAAAUAUAUUUCCAUGACACCCCUGGUAAACUAUGGUUAACUCCACAAUUACCCAAUAAUAUGAUAAAAUCUACAGAAUCUUCAACUGUAAAAAUACAUAAAAAUUCUGAUUUAAAAGCAUCAGAUCAUAGUUAUUCAUCGGAUGAUCAAAGUGGAAAUUCUGUGAAUACUUCAUCAACAAUUGAUUUAUUAAAAUGUAUUGGUCCUGUUGAAUUUAUCAACAAUGGUGCUGGAAUUAAAAAUCCAUUGGCAUGUAGCACGAAAUUUGAAAGGGAAUGGCUAAAUCGUCUUUAUGCUUCUCAAGUAGGUCCAAAUGAAUAUGUUUGCAAAGCGUGUGGUAAACGUUUCCAAUUAUUGCGUCUUUUAACACGACAUAUUAAAUGUCAUAGUCAGUUACAUAGAUAUUUAUGCAAGUUUUGUUUCAAAGGAUUCAAUGAUACAUUUGACUUGAAACGUCAUACCAGAACACAUACAGGUGUGCGACCUUAUAGAUGUUCAGACUGUUCAAAAGCAUUUACCCAACGAUGCUCCUUAGAAGCACAUGGUCGUAAAGUUCAUGGUCGUCCAUUACAAUAUGCAUUCAAAGAACGUAGAGAUAAGUUAUAUGUAUGUGAAGAAUGCGGUUUCAGUACAACAGAUGCUGAAAAUCUACGUCAACAUGCACAAACAGUACAUGUAACUAUAAUAUCAUCAAUUGGUGAUAUGUUAACAACCAAUACAUCUUCAAGCCUACUUCAAUUAUUUCCAAAUUAA